AUGGACGACCAUCUCUUUGACUGGAAUGUCUUCAGGUGCCACUACGAUGUCCCAGAGAACCUUCGAAAGGCGGUCCACUACGGAAUGUAUGCUAUCCACCUUUUCUGCAAAUUUUCACUCGACUCCGCCCACGACGUGCCCCCUUUCGGUGACAUCAAUCUUAUUGUCAGGUCAGAAAUUCAUCAGAUCGUCCACGGCGUUCGAAUGGCUUUGGAUUGUAAAAAAUGGGCGAUUGAAGAUUACCUCAAAAGUUUUGACGAUGGGACCACCGAUGUUGAGCGUAGCCAGCGUUUCCCACCUAACCCUGGCACCCACAAAUCUGGCCUCCCUUUCGAUGAGGUUCACUACCCGUGUACCUUCGUGGACAAGAACGGCCGCAUUGUGUGGUGGUAUCUCCCGGCAAUCAUUCGAGAAUCCCGCUGGGAGAAGAUAUGCGACACUGUCUUCAGUCUUUCCAGAGCAUGCCCCAGAGCGUUUUCGAGGCCUCGGCACAUCUCAUCGGCCGAUUUUCAUGCCAGCUUCAAGAUAGGAGAUCAAUUCGCCCAGGGACAAGCAAUCAUGUAUCCGGCUGGGUAUUUUGAAGGGGACAUGGACUACGACAUCCCGUUCCCUUCGCGCUCCUUCCGACACGCUGACCGGUAUUUCGGGUUUGAGUUCCUCGAUAUGCUUGAAACGGACACCAUGGCAAUCAUCGGUACAGUCCUCGCACUCACGCAGCCUGUUCUUUUCCAUGUCUCCCUGGAAAUGUUUGAGAAACUGCACCAAGGCAAUGUUUCGGUUGGUCAGCCGUGGGUAUUCCACGAGGUGCUGUCCCGUUGGGCUUCGCCCUUUGGCGCAUACACCGUCUUCAACAACUGCGAUCACCCCCGCCAUCGAUUCUCAUUCAGCCAUCCAUCCUCAUCCACACUUUAUCUUUCGAUCGGAGACCCUCAGCAUAGCCGCUUCGUGAGCAAUCUUCUUGCUCGCGACUUUCAUUUCGACCCUGGUACCGUAUGUAUUGGGUUGGCCUCCUGCAUUUCUCAUGGUUGGUCUUCCUGUGGAGCUGGGGAACAGGCUACUGUCCAGUUCACGACAUGUGGACGCCUUCUUGACGAAACAGAACCUUAUAGAACUAUAUUUCCAAUGACCUCGGUCGAGCUUGCCGCAUAUGUAGACUACAUUCUAUCAGACUGUGAAUUCCAAACUUAG